ACCCCCCAGGCUCUACGCUUUCCUCGUUCCAUCUGCCGCUGUCUUCUCACAGCCCUGAGCAUCCCCUGCGGCUUCAGGCACAUGCGCCGCUGGUAUACAUGGAGCGGUCGAGGCAUUUUGGUCCUGGGUGUCCGAAAACCGACCGAGUCCAGUCGGGUCAGGAUGGAUGCCAGGCUCAGGCCGGCGGGCCAUUAGCCCAUGUGAUCCAGUGCCUACCCCCUUUUCAAACCCCAGUGAAGCCCACCUGCUGGCUGCCCUCACCGGGGACCACUCGCAUUUCACUGUGUUGCUCUGCCGUCCAAUGGCGCAGCCCCUAGCUCUCCAUGCGCCCCCAAAGCCCCUCUCUGGGGUGUUGAUGCGAAGGCUAUAUAAGGACCGCGCUCUGCUCGAAGGACUUGGAGCGGGGGUGCGAGGGGGGAGGUUUGCGUCUUUUAUCAACCUGGCCGCAUCACAGCCGUCCAAGAUGCUCCAAAGAAGGGCAGGAGCUGCCUUGGAAUGUGCUGUCCCCCGCCCUACCGGCCACCGAGAUCCCCCCGGACCCCAUUUAUAUGGGUCGGUUGGGCGGGGUGGCCACCCUCACGGUCAGCAGCGUCCUGAGCAAGAGGACCCCCAACAGGGCCCAGGCCAGGAUGUCCAAAGCCAAGUCAGCCCCCCCUCCGGGGUGCACCAUCGACAUUAACGACCCCCAGGUCCAAGAGGCAGCUAUUCGCAUCCAGGCCUCAUACCGAGGCCACAGGUCACGCAAGGAGCUACGAGAGAAGGGUCCUCCCAGAGUGCUACAGGAGCUCAAGGAUGUGGUGUUGGUGGAGGGCAGCGCUGCCAAGCUCGAGUGCCGGGUCAGCGCCUUCCCUGACCCCUUCAUCGUCUGGUCCAAAGAUGGCAAGGAGCUCAAAGACGGGCCCAAGUACCGCUACGUGUUUGAGGACCCCGACGUGGUGGCCCUUGUGGUGCGGGAUGGGGAGCUGAGCGAUCUGGGCAAAUACACAGUGAAGAUCAAAAACCCCUUUGGAGAGACAGCUGAUUCCGCCUGCAUCAUAGUGGAGGUGCCCGCUAAGAUUUCCAAGGGCCCAGACAGCGUGAAGGUGAAGAAAGGCUCAACAGUGACCCUGAAGGCCGAGAUCAGCGGAGAGCCGGCCCCCGACGUUGGCUGGCUGAAGGACGGGGAGGAUAUCGAGGAGGAUGACAGGGUAUUCUAUGACAUAGGAGACACCGCCACAACUUUGACCAUCAAAAACGCCCAGCCAUCAGAUGCUGGCAAAUAUGAAAUCUUUGUGGAGAACAACCUUGGAGUCGACCAGUCCUUUGCCCGGGUGGACAUCCUGUGAGGAGGUCUCCCUUCCUCCAUCUGUCCCCAGAUCCACUCCCUUCCUUACACCCCGUACAUGUCCACCACAGAGGCUACCACUAGAAAAAGUGUAUCAGUUCAGAGGUGUAUAACCCAGAGUGCAGUACGAUGCUGCACACGCUGCCUGGAUAGGGCACUUCAACUCACAGUCCAUCUGAACCACUGUGCAUCUCAGGUCAUUUGUGGAGAAUGUCAUGCACUGAAACUAUACUGAGGGACACUAAACGUCCAUCUCUGACAGACUAAUCAGACUAAUUAUCUUCUGGAUCCUCUCAUAAAGUUAUCAUCAAUCAGUACAGACAUCCUGCACCUUGCGAUCCAUCCUCUGACUAACUACUUGAAGAGAGAGCUUUAGAACCACCUCACCUCUCCUGUCCCU